AGAGAGAGAGAGAGAGAGAGAGAGAGAGUGGGAGAGAGAAAGUGAUAGCGCAAAGGCAGAGAGAGACCCGCUGGAUUUACCAAACACAGAUCGGACACACACACACACAAAAGCAAAUACACGAGAAUAAAGGCGACUACAGAAAAGAAAGCCGGCGAGUUAAAAUAAAAUAGUUUUUUUUUUUUUUUUUUUUUUGCGAAUGGGAUGAAAACCAAAAACACAGGUGCGAAUUGAGGGAGGAGAGAAAAAGAAGGGAGCCGAUAAACCUGGAAAAAAAAUCGAAUUUGAAACAAAACUCGAAUACAAUCCUUUGAGAUGACCGGUGCCCUCCUUGCGUUCCUGGAUAUUUGAACGUGGUAUUCAAGGUUUUUUUUUUGUUUUGUUUUGUAUUGUCUGUCGGAGAAAGCUGUUGGAUUAUUCCUACCUGCUCGCUUGUCAUUCCUGUAGGAUUUUCCCCGAAUCGGAUUCCAGUCUGGUUUUCUGAAGGACUGCAAGGACUGGAGGGAGGAGCUGCUUGCCAUGCCGAUCUCUAAUCUUUGGAAAUAGACCCCGCCUCCAGCAGAGGCCGCCGCCCACGCCCCUCCCCCCCGUGACCCUCAUGCCCCGCCCCCCCUCUUGGUGAGCAGAGCCUCAUGAUCACAAGAGCCAUGGGAACGGUGCGCGUAAACAGGUACAGCGUUGUGUCGACAGACGAGGACGGUCUCAAGGUGUCCACGCUGGGCCUGCAUAACGGAGGGGGAGGAGGCGGUGGCAGUUUCCACGGCAACCACUACCACCACCACCAUCACUACGGCAACCACAACAACUGCAGCGGCAGCGGCGUGGGGGGGGGCACGGUGUCAACGAUGGGGGUGCGGGGCCGGAAGAGGACGCGCUUCGUGAAGAAGGGCGGCCAGUGCAAUGUGAUCUUCACCAACAUGCAGGACAAGCCCCGCCGCUACCUGGUAGACCUCUUCACCACUUGCGUGGACAUCCGCUGGCGCUACAUGCUGGCCAUCUUCUCCUCCGCCUUCCUGGCUUCCUGGCUCUUCUUCGGGUUCAUCUUCUGGGGCGUGGCGCUGAUCCACGGGGACCUGGCGGCGGGGGGCGGGGACGGGCCCGGGGGGGUGGAGUGGAAGCCCUGCAUCCUCCACGUGCAGAGCUUCCUGGGAGCCUUCCUCUUCUCCAUCGAGACCCAGACCACCAUCGGCUAUGGCUUCCGCUGCGUGACGGAGGAGUGCCCGGCGGCCGUGGCCACCGUCGUGGUCCAGUCCAUCGUGGGCUGCAUCAUCGACUCCUUCAUGAUCGGCACCAUCAUGGCCAAGAUGGCCCGACCCAAGAAGCGGGCCCAGACCCUGCUGUUCAGCCGCCAUGCCGUGGUGGCGCUGCGGGACGGAAAGUUGUGCCUCAUGUGGAGGGUGGGCAACCUGCGCAAGAGCCACAUCGUGGAGGCCCACGUGCGCGCCCAGCUCAUCAAGCCCUACGUGACGGCCGAGGGGGAGUACCUGCCCCUGGACCAGGUGGACAUCAACGUGGGCUACGACGCGGGCCUGGACCGCCUCUUCCUGGUCUCCCCGCUGGUCAUCGUCCACGAGAUCGACGAGCACAGCCCGUUCUACACCAUGAGCCGGCAGGACGUGGAAGGCGGGGACUUCGAGAUCGUGGUCAUCCUGGAAGGCAUGGUGGAGGCCACCGCCAUGACCACGCAAGCCCGCAGCUCCUACGUGGCCGGGGAGAUCCUGUGGGGCCACCGCUUCGAGCCGGUGGUCUUCGAGGAGAAGGGACGCUUCCAGGUGGACUACGCCCGCUUCCACAAGACCUACGAGGUCCCGUCGACCCCUGUCUGCAGCGCCAAGGACCUGAGCGACCACGCCUACAAGAUGGCCGAGCAGUCGUCCCCUUCAUCCUCCUCCCCCUCCCCUCCCCCACAGCACAGGCCUCUCCACACCUCGCCCGCCAUGCUGCCCCUCCCCGCCAGCGCCUUCUGCUACGAGAACGAGGUGGCGCUGCGCUGCAGGGAGGAAGAGGAGGGAGAGGAGGAAGAGGAGAGGGAGAGGCAGCGGGUGAGGGAGUUCAGGGGGCAAGCGGAUGUCAUGAGGGUGCUAGAGGCCGGCAUUCCCCUGGACUCUGUGUCGUACAGGCGGGAGUCGGAAAUAUGACUGACCCCCCAGAACAAAAGGGUGGGGGAGGGGGCUGGGUCAGAGUUUGGCGGACCCUUCUUGAUGUAAAUUUCGUUUCGGAGGAACGGGUCAAUGUUUCAGGUAAACGUUCCAGGGAGAUUAUAACUUUGUAAACUGAACCCUCCCCAUCUCUCCUGCCCUCCAACCUCACAACAGACUUUCGUUGGAGCAUGACCAAGCUUUGGAAGGUUUAUCUGGGUGUCUUAUUUGGGAAGAGAGUGUGGGGGGAAGGAUGGAUUACAAAGUAAACUGUUUAAACGUUUUAUUUUUUUAUUUUUGGUCGAUAUGCAAGGUUCCAAAAAUUCAAAGACUUGUGACCAAUUUUAAGGAGGCUGGUGAGCUAUGGUCUUCCCGGGCUGCUCUGCAGCCAAUCGAAAGCAGCCCUCUCUUUUAGGAACCGCCCCUGCAUGUAUGCGUGCAGACAGGAGUCUGGAUGCAGUCUUACUGGGAGGAAGGGAUGGAAAGGGGUCGCCAAGACCCUCUUCUGAUAUUUCAAACUGCACUGAAGUUGUUUUUUUUUCAUACCAAAUGCCAGCCAGCGUUGCUUGAACUCGGGACUGUGGAUUCUUGUUAGCUGACAGUUACCACGCAGGAUUCAGUUGCUCUUUGCAACUGUGCCGACAAUCCUUGAACCCUGCGUUCUGUUUGCAUGCGCUAAGGACCCGGUGAAAAGAAUGCUUUAUUAAUCAUUUUUCAGGGUUUUUUUAAUUUAAAUAAUCCUUUCUUGGACUUUGUAAAUGUAUUAAAAUUUAAAUAAAGCACCGUGUUUACUGCUUAGCAUGACUUGCACAGAUACUUUGUACUUGAUAAAAAAAACAAACAAAAAAAAAAAAACCUGUAUAUUGAAACAAUCUCCGAGUGCCCUGUAUGACCAACUAUUGGCUUGUGAGUAGCAGUUUAGAUAAACUACGAUUUAACCCGUAAUGGCUCGGGGGAACGCAGCGACUGCAGUAUGAUAUCUCUGUACCAGUAUUGCAACGGGCGCGUUAAGUGAGUGAGCGGCUCAGAGCGGCUCAGUAAAAUAGUUAACCGCUGGCCCGGUUCGGCUCCUGCUGAGCCGCUCAGAGCGCCCCUGAGCACUGCAGUGAUCAGACCGGGCGAACGCAAUGGUUUCAAAACUCCCCUCUCUAUUAUUCAACGAAACGCCCUUAAGUAAUUCUAUAGCAGUCUGCAGAACAGGUCGUGCUUCGUGCCCUGCUGUGAAAGGCAAUUCUAUUUUCAACAUCGGUGAACUGUCAAACUGGGCAGAGAGACCUUUAACAGAAAUAUUUCAGAGCAGUUUUGAUGCAGGAGUCUUUUUGGUUGAAUACAUUUCAAAGAAAUCGCGCGUUGCAAUGUGCGGGAAUCGCCAGGUUCCUAAGCGCGGUGUUACCGACAGCGCGUCAGUAAGAAUCGGCGAACUGCGCAAUGCUGUCAUCCUUGCGUUGUUCUGUAACGAUAGACAUCUGGUACAGUUCAAAUAUCAAUAGAGGUCAUUUUGGGCUAUCCUGGGAGGUUACAGUGAGCCGUUCAUUAUUAUUAUUUUUUUAAAAGUCAUUUUUACAAAAAAAGAGCAUACAAGUGUAAAAGAAUCGCUUUUUCCUUAGAUGUUUGUCUCUCAUCCUACCCGUGCUCGCUUCUUAGUGGGGUUUAUUUACUAACAUCACUUUCUUACCUUGUCUGUUUCUUCCUUCGUUCUGUGUUUGGAGUUCAAAUUUUGUGGUUUAUAUUUAAGACUUAAAAAAAAAAAACUUGACCUGUGUUGUUUUUUUUUUUUUCAUUAGUUUUGUGAAUUGCGCAUUUUCAACCGGCUUGGGUAAACGUUACUGGACGUCGCAACCAGCUCCGUGUGUCUUUUUUUAAAAAGAUUGACUUACGCUGGCACAGAUAAGUAUUCAGGCUCUACAUGUCAUAACACACCCUUCAUUUCUCCGCCGCUGUUUUAUCAAAUAUACAGCAAAGGUUUCCCGGCUUACACUAUGGACUUAUAGAUUUAUCCAUUGCGCCAAAUUGCAAACAGCAGCUUUGAUUGGUAAAGAUAGCUGGUGUUUUUGUUUUGUUUUCAAUCCUGCGAUUUUCUUAAAGGACUGAAAACAGCCAUCUCUGUUUUGGGUGAGGCAAUUGUAAGGUUACGGAACCAUACCAUAAUAAUACAACCCAAGGUCUCAGAGUUUCUCAUUUCGUUUCUCUGUUUGUUAUUCCUUUCAAAAUUUCAUAUGUUUUUGAAAUCAGAUCGGAAAAAAGCGACACGAAUUACAGAUGUUGUCCACUGACGUCAGACCAUCGUUGUAUAACAUUACGCACGCACCUACGCACACACACACACACGCACGCACGCACACACGCACACACGCACCCCCACACACAGAGAGUAGGCCUAUAGUAUGGAUCAAUGACGUUUUGGGCCAAUUUUGCACUUUAUCUAAUCAAUACAGUACACACAGCCAUGGCCAAAAGUUUAGUACCACCCUGUGGAAUUAACAAAUUUUGCUUCAUAAAGUAAAACGAGUCCUACUGCUGCCUUCACAUACUGAAACGCAGACCGCUUUGCAGUUUUCCAUAUACUUAAACCGACAACAACUGAGAAAUGUGACAUUUUGAAAUAUAGCAUGAAAUAUUACUAUUGUGGCUAUCAUAUAGUUUAUUAUUAUUAUUAUUUAUUUAUUAUUAUUAUUAUUAUUAUUAUUAAUAAGCCUACAAUUCUAGCUGAUGCAAAACUUUUGGCCACAUCUGUAUAGAGUUCAGUGGAGGUCCUGCUCAGAUACUGGCGCGGUAUUGCUUUAUGAAUACAGACAGCUGUUACUGAAUUUAUUUUCAAAGCAAGAAUAACAUUGAAAGUCAAAGUCUAUAAAAGAUGUGUAUUUAUUUUGGUAGUGCAGAUUUGUUUUCCUCAGGGUGUAACGUGCAACGAGUACAAUGCAGUCUCAGGAGGCUGGUUUUGUUUGUCGGAUAGGAGAGACACUGGGAGGAGGUUGUAUCUUCAUUCUGUCCUGUGUAUCUGUCUGCAUUUAUUUUCGCUUGUUCUACGAGGACUGACCUUUGACCUUGGUGGCGUCUUCCUGCUUAAUCAGAAAUGUAACGUUUUUUUUUUUUUUUUUUGAAUAAUGAAAAGCACUUUAUCACUGGUUUAGAAACUCCACUGUAAAAUAUUUCAAUAAAAUAUAUAUAUUGUUAUUUUUUAAUGGUCUUGUGUUUUUGUCUUUUGAUAUUUUGCCCUGUAGAGUAUCUUACAUCCACCCUGCAUCACCCGCCUAUGCUAUGGAAAUGGAAUAUAUGCAUAUCAUACCCAGUCAGUCACUGCCUGUAUAACUGUACCGUGUUUAAUUUCCUAUCUAUGUAUCUAGUUUAUAAUGCAUAUAUGUUUGUUUGUUUGUUUGUUUUUUUUCUUCAAAGUUUUGCCAGGGCAACUUCUAGAACCACAUAUGGUUCCCCAUAGUAAAAGCACAGCCAAGUGUAACAAAGCACAGAGAGGUCUGGUAAAGCACAGGGAAGCAUUGUA